AAUUCAAUUGCCUGCACUUGGACGACAGCGAGAGAGACUUGUCGAUCGAUUGAGGACGCAGUGGAGCAAUUGUUGCUGAGAAUUCGAAAGGGAGGCGCACACGCAGUGCUUGUUAUUGUUGUUUUCGUUUUUGGUUUUAUGGACAGAAUCGAGUGGCAACGAUGAGUGAAGGAGCCAUCUGUGUUAUCUGCUACGAGGAUGCGCGCCCUCUUUGCGAGGAUUUGCAGUCCAUCUCCGCUUGCGGCCAUGUCUUCCAUGAGCUCUGCUUGCAGCAAUGGAUUGAAUACUGUCCAGCUGGACGAAAACCCACUUGUCCUCUGUGCAAAAAAUCAUGUACCUCCCGUGAUGUUCACCGCCUUUACUUUCAGUCAGCAGUGAAUGAUUCCACUCAGCCACCGUCCGAGAAUUUGCAGGCGCCUGUUGCCGAUCCAAAUCAGGUUGAUAAUGCUCCUGCAUUGCGGAAAUUGGAAUGCCAGCUGGCUGCUGCCAAGACGACUCUACAGAACCGAAACGAGCAGCUGAAAGAGCUCGACUCUCAGGUUGUAGCGAACUUGCGAAGGGCAGAGUCAGCUGAGGCAGCAAACGUUGUGGUUAAAGAACUUUUAGUUCAUUGCAAAAAAAGUCUCGCCAGGGCUCAGGAGGAGUUAAAAUGCUGCUUGAAUGAGCGGGCAACGCUGCAAGAAAAGAAUCAAUCUAUGGCAAAAGAUUUGGCUGCCCACAAGCUGGUGGCAGACACAGAUCUGGGCGAGGAAGAAAUUCUCAGGCUCGGCAAUUACAGACACGGAACUAAUUCUGAAGCUUUCAUUGAGACCUUGACUAAAUCUCUCAUACUUCGGAACAAGUCAUAUAAAGAAUUGAUGACUCGAUGUAAUGAGCUUGGCAUGGGUGAGAGUCGAGCGCUUCGAAAGUUUGAGAAAACAAGUGAGCAGUUGAAGAAGACGAAGGCACGGGUGCAAGAACUUGAAAAAAUCCUUGAGGAAAAGGACCAUGCUUGUCUACGAGACUUGAGCAAAAGUUCUUUAAAAACACAAGGUGAUGAUCGCUCAGCUAAUAGACCCUUGAACAACCAAACCGGGUCUAAACGUAUCAACGCUCCAAGGAUUUCCUUAUCAGACCGACCUGCAAGUGACAGCGCCGUGUCACGUGUCCAGGAUAUCGAUUUACAACAGGAUAUAGUACCAGAUAAUUUGUUCAAGGUAUCUGGGUCCCGACAGAACCUCGAAGUCGUGCCAAGAGCUGAGCUACCAGAUGUGCAGCUUCCAAUUAUUGUGAGAGAGCGUGGGCUGAUGGGGAUUGAGCAUGUACAGCCAACCUGUCCUCAGAACGGGAACACUUCUGGUGAGAACUUCAGCUCUAGGAAGAGAAGCCGUUCUGAAGAGAAAGCAGCUGGUCCUGACAUCAGAAAGGAUAACGAAGCAACAAGCACUGGUUUCUCAUUCUGGGUAAUCAAAUCCAAGCGCCUACUUCAAGAAAUUAAGAUGCUGAACGAAAGUAAGUCGUUAACCGAUUCAGGGAUGGCUACCGGAGGGCAGCGUGCUUUGACACCAAGUAGUGUUGCUCAAAAGUCCUUUCCCCGACCUGGACUUUUAGCACUUUCAAGAGAUGACGGCUCGGCUGCAGUAUCAUCAUCCAUCUGUAUAAAUCAGCCUAACUUAAUUUCACCAAGAAUUGAGCAUAAGGCGGACACAGAGGUCUUCGUUACGGCACCAGAAAAUAUUAACCUUGUUAAUAAAACAAUCAUGCCUACAGCAAAUAAUUAUAUUGGUUUUUCCAAGAGGGCAUCCAGUGAGAGACCAUCCACCUCGAGUAGCACCUUCAUCGUAUCUGGAGCUGAUGGUCGGGGUGGAAGGGUUACAGUCUUCAAGCCUCCUUCCCUUUCCUCGAGAGGAGUGUCAACGAUUGCCACACAGAAAAUGAAAAAACCAAAGAUUUCUGGAACCGGUUCCAAAGGCAGACAAGGAUCACUUCAAAUUGAGCAUUUCUUUGGACGCACAAAAUCGUAGUUCAUGAGAGCUUAGCCUGAUGCUACUUGAGAUAAUAUCUUUUGAAUUCUGCACCUCACGUUUCCCUGCUUCGCUGAAUCAAGUGCACGAGGAGAUAUAGGGCUAUUCAUCUGAUGUGCGGCAUUUCCAGUUCUCCUCUGAGCUGACACUCAAUACAUGAGUGCCCGUAGUUUUUUGUUGAUAAAAUAUUUCGGAAGCUGGAGCUACCAACCCUGAUGCAAGGUGUAAUCGAAUUGCUCAUCUAGAAUUGUAUUUUUGUGUGAUCACAUUAAUUGCAGAUUAUGAAGUUAAGGGGCUCA